UUCAAUAUUUAAGAAAAGAUUAAAAAAAGAUAUUAAUAAAAAAACUGCAAUGUCCAAUUCUACGAUAGUUGAUGAGAUUCGUUGCAAACUAACAAUUGAUUGGAAAGUUCUUGGCUCGAUAUACGAUUUAUUGUGCAAUGAGAAAGCGUUUUGUGUUAGCGAGGCCGAUCGUGGAGAAAAAAUAGUUAAUUUUGUGCAGCCCGAAGAGUUAAAGAAAUUAAUUGAUCUUACAAUUUCGGAACACGAAAAUCAUUCAAUUAAAGAUAUUGAAGAUAUAAUUCGUUCGGUUAUAAAAUAUUCCGUCAAAACUAGUCAUGGUCGAUUUCACAAUCAAUUAUUUGGACAAAUGGAUCCUUAUGGACUUGCAGGCACAUGGAUAAGUGAAGCACUCAACACAAGUGCGUAUACGUUCGAAGUGGCUCCUGUUUUCUCAUUGAUCGAAACUGAAAUUAUACGAAAAGUGUGUGAGAUUGCUGGCUACAAUGAAGGCGAUGGCAUAUUUUCACCAGGUGGAUCGAUUUCAAACAUGUAUGGCCUUGUCUUGGCGCGUUAUAAGCGUUAUCCGAUGAUUAAGUCGGAAGGCUUAUUUGGCAUGCGUCCACUUGUAUUAUUCACAUCGGAAGAAUCUCAUUACAGUUUUAAGAAAGCAGCUCAUUGGAUUGGCUUAGGCUGUGAUAAUUGUGUUGUUGUGAAGACAAACUUGUAUGGUCAAAUGUUAACAACCGAUUUAGAGUCGAAAAUUAAAAGCGUUAAAGCUGAAGGUCGUGAACCAUUCUUUGUAAACGCAACAGCUGGAACAACGGUACUAGGUGCUUUUGAUAAUUUCAAUGAUGUGGCUGCGAUAUGCAAACAGUACGGACUUUGGUUGCAUAUAGACGCAUGUUUAGGCGGUUCUGCUAUGCUUUCUUAUGAUAAUCAUCAUUUGGUUGCGGGCAUUGAACAUUCUGAUUCAUUCUCUUGGAAUCCACAUAAGUCUUUAGGCGCUCCAUUGCAAUGUUCAUUAUUCGUAACUCGAGAGCGUGACUUACUUUCACAUUGCAAUUCUCUCGAAGUGAACUAUCUCUUCCAGCAGGAUAAAUUUUAUGACGUUUCAUAUGAUACAGGAAACAAAAGUGUACAAUGCGGUCGUAAAGUUGAUGCAUUCAAAUUUUGGUUAAUGCUGAAAGCACGUGGCUAUGGAGGGUACGGCCAAUUGGUGGAUCAUGCAAUAUAUAUGGCAAAAAUGUUUACACAAAAAAUUAAACAACGUGGUUCAGAAAGUUUUCGUUUAGUAUUAGACGAGUUUCAGUAUAUGAAUGUUUGUUUUUGGUACAUACCGAAAGCUUUACGUGGGUGCAAUGAAAAUACUAUGGAGUGGAAAGAAUGUCUAUAUACAGUUGCACCAAAAAUUAAGGAACGUAUGAUUAGGCAAGGUACUCUUAUGGUAGGUUACUCACCCUUAGCAUAUCGUGAUAUUGGAAAUUUCUUUCGCAUGGUUUUCACUAGUUUUCCUAUAUUGGAUGAAAAAGAGCUUGAUUUUAUUUUAGAUGAAAUUGAAAGACUGGGUGAGGAGUGUGAAUAUUAAUAUUUAAAUAUAUACAAAAUAUUUUUACUUUAAUUUUUAUAAGU